CCACCUCGAUGACGGCGGUGAUGGCCGGCCACGCACACGCCCGUCUAAAAAUACACGGCAGUCCGGUGAGAGCCGCCCGAUCACGCGUCGAUCCGGGGCCGACCGGCCGAGGAGCGUGGAAGAGAUGGAUCUGUCGCGGUAUCGCAAGAUCAUAAUCUACGUGUUGACAUUCCUGGCGUACGCCUGGUCCGGCUACGGCUCCGGAUUGCUGACGAAUCUGCGGGACGCCGUGCUGGCGGCGGAGACGGUAUUCCAGGACCUCUUCGCCAACGCCAUAACCGUGGCGAAGAAGAUCAAGGACAUACACGAGGUGUUCGACGCGGCCGUGGAGGAGCACUGCGUCUUCGAGUGUCCCGAAGGAUCCACGCCGAAGGCAGAUUGGAAUCACAAGCCGCAGAGUGACGGAUGCGGUUCCCUCGGUAUCCAGGUGAACCAGGAAUACCUUCCGCUCACCGAAAUGACGAAGUGCUGCGACGUCCACGACAUUUGCUACGAUACUUGCAACACGGACAAGGAGAAGUGCGAUCUGGAAUUCAAAAGAUGUCUCUACAGAUAUUGUGACACGUAUCAGAGCACCGGCAUCGUCAACACGUGUAAAGCCGCGGCCAAGACCCUCUUCACGGGGACGAUCACGCUGGGUUGCAAGAGCUUCCUCGACGCCCAGAAACAGGCCUGCUACUGUCCCGGCAAGUUGAACAAAAGCAAGAAAUCGAAGAAACCAGCGCAAGCCGGCGGGGAUUUAUAGCGUUAUGUAAUAUAGAAAUAACAAUACGAUAUAAGUAUACGGUAUAUUUAUACAAAGCGUAUUAAAUAGAAUAGAAAUUUGUAUCGACCCUCCGGCAAACAAAAGAUUUUUGUAAUGCCGUUAUCCUAUAGUGUAAUUUGUAGGAAGUCUUAGAUUAAAUGUGAAAAAUGUCGAAUUUUAUAUAAAAGAAAAAAAAUAGGAAGCUACGUUUCUCUUGUUAUGAUUAUAAUUGUUACUAAUUUAAUUUAACGUUAUAUAUGUAAAGCGCAUGGAGUGGAUAAGAGAUACAUACAGUAUUAAAUUGAUUGUGAAAUGAA